GCUUAGCUAACCCUUUUUUUUUUUAUUUUUUUUUUUAAAGUUUAAGAAACCAACAAAAGGGGGAGAAAUUCGAAUUAGGGUUUAUAGAUCAGAGAGGGAGAUAGAGAGAGAUGAAAAAUUCGAAAUUGUCAGAGGAGAAUCCAGUAACGGAGAAGCGCAAAAACGCGAUACUGAGACACGUGAAGAAACUGCAAGAGGAGAAGCCGGCGAAUCAAAAGUUAAUAAUGAAUAAGAUACUCCGGCAGGUGAUCAAAUUGCAACGGGAAUCGGAGGAGAAAGGGAAACUGGAAGCGAUGAAGGAAUUGGAAGAGGAAAAGGAACGGGUAAUGGUGAAGAAAUUCCUAGAGGAGGUGUUAAUUGAAAAGGAGAAGAAGCUGGAAAGGGAUAAUAGAUUUCGAGAGGAGAAUCAGCUGAUGAAGAAACUCUAUCCCAAUGCAUUCCGCUUGUCUAAACACAUCAGUCAAUUGUUCGAUCGAGAUUCUUCCGAUUCCUAUUCCCCCGAAAAAUUUCAGAGGGUCAAAAGCUUUGCCAAGAUAGCAAUUGAUGUGUUCAACCAAAGACAAGUAAUAAAAAAGGCCAUCAAAUACAGUGUGGUGGAUGUAAUCAGAGCAAGCUCGCAUAUGGAUACAGGGCGUAUGGUGAAUUUGACGUUUACUGCCAAGCCUGAUGAUUCUGAGGAUGAAGAUGUCAAAACUUUCGGUGCAAAUAUUCACUACGGAUUCAACAAACCUUUUCGAGUGACGCAUGUUGCGUACUCCUCUACUUAGCUGCUAGCUACAGCAAUUGGCUCGGUUUGGAACACGAAUCGCAGAAGGGAUACUUUUAGGAACAGCCCUUUGCAGAUGUUUCGGGGAAGAAGAAGCAAUCCACGCCGCUAAGGAAUUUUGUACAAGAAUGUGGCGAUGGUCGUUGGUAUUGCAGAAUAGAACACACAGUGAACGUAUUUUGAAUUUUAAUUAAAAAAAAAAAACAAAAACAAAAAAGAAAUCACUAGAAUUGAGGUUACUAGUGGAAAUUGAAUUUUAAUAAAAAAAAA